AUGAAUAAUGACAGUGAAAUAAAUAAUAGGGGAGGAGUUUAAUUGUGCUUGUCUACACUCUUAUUGGUAUAAUAUAUAUUAAUUAACUAAUUUUAGCGUUUUUACCACAAAAAGAUCUUGAUUUAACAUUCUCAAUUCAGCUUGUAUUAUUGUUGGUUCUUAUUUGUUAGUUUACCUGUGGGGUUUAUUUGA